CGCCGCGCAGAUCCCACCAAUCCCAAACCGAGUCUUUAGGGGGUCAACGCAGUUCAAGAUGAGUGUACGUGCAUUGUUUCAACUUCUAUCUCGCGUGUUUCGACCUUCUCUCUCCUCCCUCUUGACGUCUACUUCUGGACAUUCAAUCCUCCGAUAUAUCACUCGCAGCACAAGACAAAGCCUAUCUCUGGCAGAACUUUGUUACUAACAAUCAUGUCGCAGUACGGAUAUGGACGACCGAACCCUUUCGACGAGCGAGAAGACGCUGCACCCUCAUACAACCAGCCCUCCUACAGCAACCCAGCACAAUCCUACGGCCGUCAACAAAACUACAACGCCCCACUCCUAGGCAGAGAUGACUACAAUGGUCAAAACGUCGAAAUGGCACCUCUAGCACAAAACGGUUCCCAAUUCGGGCGACAAGCAAACCCAAACCAGAUCCUCAACGCCUGCGGAGAAAUCACCAAAGGAAUCAAUAAAAUCAAGGACAAUCUUGGCGAAAUCCAGACGCUGCAGGCUGCCGCACUCAAUGAUCCCAAUGGCACCCGCGUCGGAGACGUCGAGAAGAAAGCCACUGAGAUCCUGGCCAUGUACCACGAUCUGACGACCAAGGUGAAGGCCAUCAGGCAGAUGCCCGAAUCAGGGGCUCCACGAAAUGCUCCUCAGGUUGGCAAGGUCAGGCGCGACCUGCAGAAUACAUAUCAGGAUUACAUGCAGAUCGAUCGACAGUUCAGACAGCGCUCGAACGAGCAGAGCGCACGUCAAUACCGAAUUGUCCGCCCUGAUGCUUCGGAGCAGGAGGUCAGAGAGGCGGUAGAGAAUCCCGAAAGUCAGCAGGUUUUCCAGCAGGCGAUGAUGAACUCGACCAGACAGGGCCAGGCUCAGAGCACCAUGAACGCUGUUCGAUCUCGCCACGAAGCUAUUCAAAAAAUCGAGGGACAGAUGAUCCAGCUGGCGGAGCUGUUCAACGAGAUGGAUAACCUGGUCAUGCAGCAAGAGGCGGCGGUCACGAAUAUCGAAAUGAAGGGCGAGGAGGUCGUCGACAAUAUGGACAAGGGGAAUGAGGAGAUUGGCACAGCGAUCGUGCACGCGCGAAAUACGAGGAAGUGGAAGUGGUGGUGCUUGUGCAUAACUAUCCUCAUCAUAGUCAUCAUCGCCGCUGCCGUCGCUGCCUGGUACUUCACCCUCGGGCCCGGCGCCCACAAGAACGCCAAGCGCUAUGUAAUAACCGACUUCACUGAGGGCCUCACUUCCCACCGCGUCUUAUCCGGCCAACCGUGGUCUGGAGGGAACACAGUUGCGAAGCCUGUCCAGCCUGGUGUGGCGUGGGUUCCUGGGGGAAGCAAGAAGAUGAUUAGGAGUUUUGUUGCCUAAGUGCAGGCACGUCACAUCAUUGCUUUUUGCUUGUUUGCUGCAUUGUUGGUCUGAGCUUUAUUGUUUGUCAGUUGUGUUUUAUGAUGAGAAGUGCCUUUUCUCGCAUUCUAGGCGUUUUGUCUGUUGCUUUUGAUUCCGACGUUCCUCGACAGCAAGGGGAGCUUCUGCUGUAUGAAUACCGCUCGUUUUUUCUUGUUUUUUUGAUGUCAAAAUUGGUGGGGUCGGAGCAGGGCAUUUAUGAGCCCUCAGGCGGGGGUGGAGAAGAUAACAGAUUGGCAUGAGAGGGAGUCACAUCCCGGCGAGCUUGGUGUUGACAAGUU